CAGAAACUGGACAUCUUAUUCCACCGUCGCGAGUCUCUCACAGCUGUGCUAGCGCGACUUGCUUCGCUUUUUUGUGCCGUGGUUGCUCUCUCGCUCCUUUCUCUGUUGUAAGUCGUCUCUUUCUCGGCGAAAGAGGGAGAAAGCAAAAGCGGAAGAAACGCCGCACAACUUUAAUUUCUUUUCCGCGGUGGAGACAACGACACUGAAGUCAAAGGUCUCUCCUGCGCAUUUUUCCGAAGCUUGAGGUCGGCGGCCGAAUCCGACGCUUUUAAAGGUAACUUUACGGUUCAUUUUGAGGUGUCGCGUGUCUUUUCGGGGUUCAAAGUCUUGCUGGCGUGCAUCGAUGCGUUACGCGCGAGGUCAGGCGAUCCCCGCCUCCGAGAAAAAGUAUUUUAUGGUGAAACCCCACCCUCGGAGAACUCUGCUUUUCUGGAUUCCUUCUUCCUCCCCUUCUGUGCCGCCGCUCUUUCGUUUUCCAACCGGUUCGACGUCUUCUCUUCUAGGUUGCUUGCACAGACUGCUUGUGUACCUCCGUGCCAACUGCUCCACUGUUUUGCUUCGCUGUCGCCCUACCUCCUCUCCUCCGCUCGCCACGCAGAUUUCAUAGCUCCUGUCUCCAUCGUCUGAUUCACACAGUCAUUCUCGCUUCAGCGCUCGUCCAGCAAACACCAUGCCGCCGGCUCACCACGGGUCUGGAGGCCGCAGACGGCCUGGACGCGGAAACAAAGGGAAAAGAGACACGGAAGCAGGGAUGACAGCUUCUCCGGAUCCGGGGUACAUGCGACCGGAAACGCCUGCUGCGCCUUCGCAGCAGACUGAUGUUCGAAGUCCUGCGUCUGCGCGAGAGCACCGAAACGCGGACGUCGGCGUUGCGGCGCCUGAUGCGCUCACACCAAACGCGGGUGAGCAGAAGGAAGUCGAGGGCGUCGCGAAGGUAAACGUAGCAGUUUCGUCCGACCAGCCUCCUGACUGGGCACCGUCUCAAUCAGACCUUCCCCCGUCGUUGUCCCCGACUACUGCUUCUCGCCCUGCGACGUCCUCGCGCUCUCCUCGGGCCAGAAGCCGUCAUUCGCCGGUCGCUUCUUCCUCGGCCUUCUCUUCUCCAGCCCCAUCCGCUUCUGCGCUCACUUCUGCUUCUGGCGUCCCUGAGGCGCCUCUCGCUGCACCCGAACUGAAACAUACUUUAGCCGCGGACGAGGGGAAUCCGGAGCCGCGUCUUGAAGGCCCUGUGGAGCGGCUGCACGCCCGGCAGGAGAAUCCAUUGACAGACAGCAGCGACGGAAGUUACAUCCUUCUGGAGGAAGGCGAGAGUCAAAGGGCGUGUCUGGACCGGAAGAACAGACAUCUGCGACAGACGACGCCUCCAGGUGUAUGGACGACUGCGGAUCUCGCGUCUCAAAACUCUCAUUCUGCGUCUUUCGCUUCGGGGUUCCGCAGAGCUCUCUUGCCGUCUGGUGGAAGUGGAGACCACGACGAACAGGCAAGCGACUGUAGGGCGUCUCUCCGAGGCAUGCAGCGCCCAUGUUUUGGAUCGCCUUCGACAGACACGAGGAUGGGAGCCGCAGAAGGCCUCCCCCUUGCAUCACGAAGAAGACGGCAGCACUGGCGCCGGGAACUGCGAACCUUCGGCGCUGUGGCUCUCGCCUGUCUCCGUGCGUCUUGGCAUGGGAUGAAGAGAGCGAGACUUCGCGCAACUCGGUGGAUCGAUCGAAACGCAGCGACUGUACGCGUCGCAUGCUACACGUUUCUCCUCCUCGUCACGUCGACAGGGAACACCAUUUGUUUCAAGAAGAUGAUUGACAAGAUGCCGAACUACAGCCCCUGCCUAACACAGGUCACCACGGUUGUCUUCGUUCCUGUCUUCUUCGCUCUCUCCUUGUACACCGACUACGCCGGAGGCCUCCCCCAGGAAAUGGCAGAUUUCCCGAAGCGCAACUUCGCCGUCAUGGGUUUCCUCGACUCCUUCAGUGGCGUGAUGGCCAUCAUCGGUGCUGUGCAUACAACGGGGACCACUCAGGUAGUGCUCCAGCAGAGCUGCAUUGUUUUCAGUCUUCUGGCCUCAAUUGUCAUGCUUCGCAAAAGAUUCCAUGCGGCGCAUUAUUUAGGAGCCUUGGUCAUCAUUCUCGGCGUCCUCGUGGUGAAGUUGCCGGAUCUUCUUCAUCCCUCGUCUGACGGCGGCGGCGACGUCUUCGUCUUCAACUUGUUGUAUCUCCUCAGCAAUUUGCCAACAGCUGUGUCGUGCGUUUACAAGGAAGUGGCUUUUCGAGGAGUUGAAAUGGGCACAAACUACCUGCAGGCUUGGGUUGCUCUGUUCCAGUUCCUCAUCGGCUUCCUCGUUCUCCCCCUCAAUGCGCUCCCUGUGCUCGGACCUCAGAGAGUGCCUCUUGCGGAACUUCCAGCGAGCCUCUGGAAUGGAACGCGCUGCCUCUUCGGGUUCAACACCAUCGUCACGAACUGCGGAGGCGCCGGGAACAUGGAGUCGCCCUGUGACAACUGCGAAGGCGCUUGGAAAUACGUCGGAAUGUAUCUCAGCUUCAACCUCCUUUACAACAUGUUCAUCAUCUUCGUUGUGAAGAGUGGAGGCGCUGCACUGACUUUCUUAGUCUCCACGCUGAGGCUUCCGGUGACUGCACUCGCGUUCUGCUCGCGUGCCAUCAUGGGCGACCGCGCCGUCCCGCCGAAGGCGACAGACUUUUACGGUUUGCUGGUUCUCAUUCUAGGUCUCGUGAUCUACCGCGCAGGUGGCAUCAUGAAACGGCGCGCUCAGCGUCGCGCCGUCGCCGCUGCGCGCGGCCACACUUCGUCGCCGAUGAUGCUGACCCCGAGAGAAGAAGAGCAGAUCGGGACCAUUUUCGUCGAGGAGGUUUUUGCAGCUGGAGAGCUGGAAGACGGCGGCGUCACUGAGGAGGACGAGACCGACGACGACACCUCUGAGGUCGAAGUGCAUCCUGUCUUCUCGUCCGUCGUCGCCUCUGAGCCUCCCCACGUAUAUGUGCACACCAAACGUCACUCCCACAGCGACGGCGGCUACCACAAGCUCCCAGCCUGUGGUUCUUCGCCAGCGGCCUUCACACCGUUCACCCAACGCAUGCCUGGUACUGGAAGCGAGUCCUGCAGCCGACGCCGAAACAGAGAUGGAGACGACGAGAGGUCUCCCCGUUCGCAUGCAUGCUCUUUUGAUGAAGAGACAGGCUUCGCUGGAGGCACGGGAACAGAUACAGGAGACUUGCUUGGUUUCGGUGAUCGGCGCACACCUCUACCUGAAGUCGAAAUGCAAGAAGUGCAUUCGUGUGCAGGAAAUACGCACUUUCUAUAGAACCGCGUGGCUCCAAGCAAGAUAGGGCAUCCACGGCUCGAACCUCCAGGAACAAAUCCAGCAGGACUCGUUGUAUCUGACUUGGCUUUUGUAACGUCACACAUAUCGCCGGCAGUGUUCGUUGUUAACCAAGGCGAGACACCUUUCGGUAACCGCGGCCUCAGCAACGCUGUACGAUGACUUUCUGUGGAACAGGAAUGUGGACCUGUUGAGUAGAGGCUGACGGAUUGGCUGCCA